CGCCAAUUUAUUGACAGAUCGAAGUUAUGAAACACCAUGGUUACUUCAUCACGUAGCUGAAAUGCAUUUGAUUUUAAGGCAGGCUGAUAUCACACCACCAGUAAUUCAUUGACUGGCGCCUCUGAAUGUCUUGUAAAAGCGGAGAUGUAAAUAGUGGGCUGUUCACCCUUUCCGCAAUGAAACUGAAUUAGUGCAAUCUAAAUGUUCAUGGCAAAAUUUUUAUUCGUGAUCGAUAUAUGUAAGCGUUAUACCUUCUUUCCUGAUACACACGUUGCGAGACUACCGACUACAUUAUAUAAAUGAAUAAAUUGUAACUCUUAAACUUAAAUUAUUGUUUUCUAAAAUAUAAUGGAUUUUACUAGAAAACAAGUAUUUGCCCCUGGAAGGACGUUUUCCUCAAUCCGUUCGACUUACAGAACCCAGCCAGAACCAGAACCAGCUGUUGAUGGAGAGAUAGUGAUCUCUCACACGAUGCAACUCAAAAAAGAGUUGUUGUGUGUAAAGUACACACCAGCAUCUGAAUAUAUAGCUGCUGGAUUUAAUGAUGGUCAGAUAGGCAUUUUUAGCUCACACCAAGGGAAGAAAUAUUUCCUCACAGAUGAUGAUAUAAGACAAUCUGGUUCCCCAAUUACAGAUCUUAAACACCGACUUUAUCAAGACACAGGAAAUAGAAGAACAAUCACUGCCACUUAUGUAGAUGGACGUGUUAAAUGUUGGGACUACAACAAGAACGAUUGCAUUUACACAAUUCCAGAGCACAGAAUUACACUUGGCCUAGCAUAUCAUCACAGCAAACCAAAAUUUGUUACUGUUGGUGACGAUGCAAAAGUAUUUUUAUAUGAUGAAGAAACAAAAAAACAAGAAAUGUUUUUCCAGGCCAGUGAGUCACCUAUCUACAUGGAUGGACAUACUUCACGUAUAUUUGCUGCCCGCUUCCAUCCUCAGCUAAACUACGAGUUUAUAACUGGAGGAUGGGACAGUACAGUUCAGUUCUGGGAUAUGCGACAGCCACAUUCUAUCCGAUACCUUUUUGGAGCACAUGUUUGCGGUGAUGGACUUGAUAUUAGUAUAGAUGGAAAUGAAAUAUUGACAUGUUGCUGGCAGAAAGAAAAUCCUUUGCAACUGUGGGAUUACACUUCCGGAAAGUUAAUCACCAACAGCCAACCGGACUUGCAAAAUGCAAUGCUGUACUGUGGGAAAUGGAUAUCAAAUGACUUGAUAGUUUGUGGAGGAUCAUCCCCAAAUUUACUGAGAAUUGUUGAUCGAAGAUUGAUGGUGGUACGUUUCUUUUACUUACAAAUAAUCCAACAAUAUUUCACUGAAGCUAUUGAUAAGCUACUUUUAGAAUCUACUUAA